GCGCACAGCCAUGGCGCAGCUCCGGAGCGCUGCAGUCGCGAUGAAACAUGAACAGCUGUGAUUCUACCGCACUGAGCGAAACCCAUGAGUUAAAUGGACCCUCCGGAGAACCAGGCCGGUGCUGAAGUGUCCGAUGUGGACCGAGAGGAGACACCGAGCCCAGCGGAGGUGUUGUCCGCCGCGGUGCUACUCGGAGCCGGGGCCACUGCCAUCCAACACCCGGUCAUCUAUAUCAAACUGCUCAUCCAGGUGGGACACGAACCCCUGCCCCCCACCUGGGGCACCACUUUGUUUGGACGCAAGGUGCUGUACCUGCCCGGGCUCUUCUCCUAUGCACAGCACAUCCUCCAGGUGGAUGGUAAAUGUGGCUUGUUUAGAGGCCUGUCCCCUCACAUUGUUUGCUGUGCUGUGUCCACUGUGGUCAAGAGGAAGGUCAAACAGAUGGAGCUGAUAAGUGCCAAAGAGGAGCAGGAGACCUCACUCAAGGCACUGGUCAAAGAUACCUCACAUGAGAUGCUGGUGCGAUGUCUGUCCAGAGUGGCCUGUCACCCUUUCCACGUGCUCUCAGUGCGGUGCAUGGCUCAGUUUGUCGGCAGAGAAGUUAAAUACAGUGGGAUGCUGAGCUGUAUGGUGCAGAUCUUUAAAGAGGAAGGGCUGGCGGGCUUCUAUGUGGGCCUGGUGCCACAUGUGCUGGGGGAACUGCUAUACCUGUGGGGAUACAACCUGCUAUGCCACUUCAUCAACACGUAUGCUGAAGACGACACGUUCAGUCAGGCUUCUGCCAUUAGGAGCUACACCAAGUUUGUCAUGAACAUAGCGGUGAAUGUGCUGAGGUACCCUUUCACUCUAGUUGCUGACUUGAUGGCGCUAAACGACUGUGGUCUGGCCGCUGGUCUUCCUCCGUAUUCCCCAGUGUUCAAGUCAUGGCUGCACUGCUGGAGCCACCUGUGCAGCCAGGGAAACCUAUUCAGAGGCUCCAGCUUGUUCUUCCGCCGGGUUCCUGCCAGUGUGAUAGCUGCUGUGGAGCUCUGAGCCUUCUGCUGCUGCUGCUCUGUGCCAGGCUCUCCAUCUUCACUCUGAGGUCCUGCACUGUGAAACUGUUCGGCCCUCCCUCCACACCCUUGAAUAAGUCUGUGGACAGUAGUGUUGCUGGCUCAGAUAGGUCUACCCGUGCAUGGGACAGCUGUGUUUUUAAUGCCAGUGACCAGAGCUCCACAGCCCUGCUCGAUUCCAAGACUCGAAGCCCUCUCUUGUUCUGGAACUGAAAUGGCAUUCAUGUUUUUGAAAAAUUCUAAUAUUUGAAGCUCGUAUGACACAUGAUUUUUUUUUUUUUUACAAAUCAUAUGUAUUCAUGACUUUUCAGUUUAUGGUCUCAGAUUUUUUUUCUAAAAGAAAUUUGAAUUGAAAUGUGAUUUGAACCAGAGCAGGUAGGACUGUGGAGCUCUAUAUCUCAAGGCCUCUGCCCCUGACGCCUGUGUCAUACUGUUAUUGAUGAUUGACAUUUUGUAAAGUGCAUUUCAGUUUUAGGCUCAUGUGUGACAGCGUGCAGAGCUCCAGCUUUCCAAUUUGGAAUGAAAAUGUUUAGUUCAAUAUUUUUGUAAAGCCCCAAAUCACAAAAGUAGUUGCCCCUGAGGGCUUAAUAUCAAAUUAAAGUAGAGAAUAUUUGGUUUCUUUACCUCAGGGGUGUUUUUCACAGAAGCCCACAUACCUUGUGAUAAGGCUUGGUACAUUGACUUUACAUUCUAAUGUUUGUUAGUAAUGAUUUGAUGGUAUAAACACUUAAAUUAGCAGUAAUAAGAACUCCCAAAGAUUAUUUGGGCCAAUUCAGAAGGAGGCCUAAGUCCCACAUUUGGCCCUUGGGCCAUCGUUUGGACACCCCUGCUUUACCCCAUUCGCUGAAAAUGUCAAUCUUAUUUCAGAAAUAGGGCACAUACAAAUCCAAUUUUUAUUCAAUUAGAAAUGUUGAAAUUUAACGAAUUGGUAGAAUAUAGCAUUCUCAAAUCCACGUAUAAAGCUCAUCAAAAAGUUUUACCAGAGAAGUUGCAAAAUAGAUUCCUAAAGAGAGAAAGUAGAUAUCAAUUACCAAUUUCGGACUACAGAGCGCACCUUGAUAUAAGCCGCACCAGCUAAAUUUGAAGAGAAAAUCAAUUUUGUACAUAUAUAAGCCGCACCUGAAUAAAAGCCGCAGGUUUUCAUAUUGUAACAUGAGAUAUUUACACAGAAAGACGGUGCACCGACACGCUUUUUUUAAACUGUGCCUGAAAAUUGGAACCAACACGACAACAACACGGGAUGAACACAUCUGCAGGUUUAGAAAAUAAAGCUGCACCAACACGGAAAAUCUGCUUUUAUUUCCUCUGAAAACUUUUGCCGUCUUUUUACAUUGACCAAGUUGGAUUCAUUGAUGUCGAGCUUACGUGCAGUGGCUCUAUUUCAGGGGUCGGCAACUCGCGGCUCCGGAGCCGUAUGCGCCUCUUUCAGCCUUAUACUGCGGCUCUGCGUGGCUUGGGAACUAACACAGACACAGCUCACAGUCCUGCGUAAAGAGCCCUGAUUUUCAGACGCUGUGCACAGGGGUCAGGAGCAACUUUGGCCCGUCCCUAAUGACACACUAAUAAGCUCGUCCGUAGAUGUAUCAUGAAAAUCCUGCUGGAAAUCGCCACAGAAAUCUAUUUGAUGUAGUGAUAAGUUUAUUAUCUGCUCUUGUCUCCGCGGUGACGUAUCACGUAUAACACAUCAGACACGACGCACAAAAGUAGAGCCACAAGCGAGUGAAAAUGAGCCAAAACAAAAGUCUUUGGAGAUCUUUUUAACAAAGGGGAAAAGGACAACUGAGGAGCCAGAAGAGGAGACUACGACCUCCAAGAAAAAGAAAGAUAAAUUUAACAGACAAUGCCUACUUAAAAUCUGGGUUUGUCGCUGCAGGUGACUCACGCACAGAGUCCGCUCUACGUAACAUACGGGAAAAGCAAAUAAGGCAAUGAAACCUUCAAAACUGCUUUGGCACAUGGAGAAUAAGCACCUGGGAUUAAAUGAUACGCUACGAGUUUUUUUGUUGUUGUUUUUUUAAAGAAACUGCGGAGUAGAGUAGACAUAAUCACAUAAUCAGCGCGAUGCAUGAUGCAGCGGUUUGGUGAGUUGUAUUUUUUUAAUGCACUUAAGUUGUUUUUGCCAUAUUUAUCUGCCACGUGUAGAAGGCUUGUCCGUGAAAGUAAAACCUACAUUAUUCCGUUACAUUAUUGUUAUUAUACAGUGUUAUCUUCAUUUUAGAUGUCAAAAAGUAUUUGCGGCUCCCAGUGUUUUAUUUUAUGUGGAAAGUGGGUCCAAAUGGCUCUUUGCGUGUUAAAGGCCGACCCCUGCUCUGUUUCCUUUCUGUUUCUUUAUCUUAAAAACUGCAUCAUAUCCAUUUCAUGAUGCGCAAAAUGAUCGUUCAAAAUCAAAACUAGUGAAUUCUUCAGAGCAGAAUCUUUCCCCACGUCUGUCUCACUUUUACGUUUACAGCUAGAGAGCGCCCCCCAGGGGCCGUUAUCCAGUAAAAUUCCAUAUAUAAGACGCACUGCUGUAAAAGCCGCAGGGUUCAAAGCGUGGAAAAAAAGUAGCGGCUUAUAAUCCGAAAUUUACGGUAAGUGGAACUGAUUUAUUUUCUAAGCCAGAGUUUAGAACAAAACCAAAGGAAAGAUGUAUUUCAAUCAAGGGAGUCAGUCUUGAAAGUAAUAUUAAAGAAUCCAAGUCCAUUUAUAUGUUUAAGAAAAGCUUGAAAUUAUCAUUAUUAAGAAAGUAUAUAACUGCUAUGUGACAGGAUGAUUUUGUGUUUUUUUUGUAAAGUAGCUGUGCAUCUAAGUUUGAUUUUGUAUAAUGUAACAGUGCAACACACUGGAAGGAAUAAGAGUCAGAGUUGAUAAGGGGCAGAUAUUAUAAGGUUUUGCUUCUUUCUGUGCCCUUUCAUUCAUUUAUCAUAAUUGUACAAAAGCUGAAAUGCUGUAUGCAGAUAUGUUGCAUUGAUUUGUUUUGUUUUAAUGAAUGAAAUAAAAUAUUG